CUGUGUAAGUUGCCAAAUACACCAGGUCUUGUCAGUGUGUGUGUAGCAGCCAGGGAGGGUGGUUGUACGUUCUCUCUCUUAGCUUAUACAAGUGAUCCCUAACCGAAAUCGAUUAAAAUGGAUGGUUUCAAGCACAUUCCCGUGAAGCUUGGAGACUUCAGCGUCAUCGACCAGGAAUUUAACUCCAUUCGCGAAAGAUUUGAUGCAGAAAUGAAGAAAAUGGAAGAUGAGAUGACUCGCUUCCGAAAUGAAUUGAUGAACAGAGAAUCUUCUCUCUUCCAGCGCUCGAUGCUGACAUCUUCCAGAGCUGAGACAUUCAGCAACAGUACACGACGGCGGGAGACGAGGGUCACUGGCAAGGAUGGAAAUACUUUGAUCAGCAGCGAGAGAGAGUCCAGCUCCACCAGCCAACAAGAUCAAGCUAGCUCCAACCAGGGUACUGGGUCCUGGCUGGAGGGAAUGAAUUCGCCUCUUAUUCAGCAAGAUGGUGACUGCAAGCAGCUAAAGCUACGGUUUGAUGUAAGCCAGUAUAAGCCGGAAGAGAUUGUUGUCAAGACUGUUGACAACAAACUCUUGGUCCAUGCCAAACAUGAAGAGAAAACAGAUAGUCGAUCUGUUUAUCGCGAGUAUAAUAGAGAGUUCCUGCUUCCCAAGGGCACAAAUCCAGAACUGAUAAAAUCCUCUCUUUCUAAGGAUGGAGUACUGACUGUGGAAUCGCCACUCCCAGCCAUUGCUGGAAAUGAGGAAAAAGUAAUUCCCAUUGCACAAAACUAAAUAGCUUAUUUGUUUAAUUAAGCAGAGAUUACCUCCACAGCAUAACUUGGUUAGGUGAACAGGAAAUUUGUUUUAAUAAUUUUGAUUUUUUUCAGUUUGUAACAAGCCAAUUACUUCAUAUAUAACCUGCUUUUCUGUGGAAGUACAGUGUCAGAAUUGAGACAAUAAGAACAUGCAGCUGUAUAUGUUGUAGAGAAAAGAAUUAUUUCAUUUGUAGUCAUUAUUUGAAUAAGUUAUAUUUUAUACUCCAAAUGUUAUCCUAAUCUUGAUAUAUAUAAAAUAAUUAUGCAAUACUAAAGAUAAAUUUAGGCACUUAGGUAGGUAAAUGACUUGUGCUUAGAAUCACAGCCAAUUUGUAGCCCCAUAAGUACUACUAAUUUUCUGUGAAAUGUGCCUCUGCUUUCUUAGUAGUACAGUAUAACUUUUCUUUCUAGUGAAAUAGUAAUUGUGGGAAAAAAAAAGCUAAAAAAUUAUAUUUAUCUUGCAGUUUGUAAUAGGUUUGAGGCUUUGAUAAAAAAAAUUGUUUACUUUUUAAUAAAACUAUAAUGUACAACUACAAAAAUAA